AUGAUUCGCUUUAUUCUUAUCCAAAAUCGUGCUGGAAAGACUCGGCUCGCAAAAUGGUACAUGCAGUUCGACGAUGACGAGAAACAAAAGCUCAUCGAGGAGGUCCACGCUCUGGUGACGAUUCGAGACGCAAAGCAUACGAACUUUGUUGAAUUCAGAGAUUACAAGAUUAUCUACAGAAGGUACGCUGGACUGUUCUUUUGCCUCUGCGUGGACGUUAACGAUAACAAUUUGAAGUAUCUUGAGGCCAUUCACAACUUCGUCGAGGUGCUGAACGAGUACUUCCACAAUGUGUGCGAGUUGGACCUUGUUUUUAACUUCUACAAGGUGUACACGGUCGUGGACGAAACAUUCCUGGCUGGGGAGAUACGAGAGACGUCGCAGAACAAGAUCAUCCGCCAGUUGCAAACACUCUCGCAGCUCGAAUAA